UGCCACAUCGAUAGAUGGUAUUUCCCGCGGUGCCAAGGGAAAAAAAAGGUUCCGAGUGGCGUCGAGGAGAAGAGCUGGAAUCUACGAUACACAGAUGACGAUGGCGAAGGCAAAAUGUCUGCAAGUCUCAUGGUGGUCUGAUUAGCGUAUCCGAAGCUGAUCACUCUGCUCGAGGGAGAGUCUUCGUGUGCUCGCCGACGAUACAUCAAGCAUCUAUCAUGCAUGGUCUCUCAUGCUUUGGGAACCAUUUUGACCUGGACAAGAUGGUCGCACCAUUUUCUAGGUGACGUCAGCAGCCAGGGAGCCAGGCGGUUCGGUAGGAUUAGGAAUGGGACUGGGACCUUUCCAGCGUUUUCGCACCUUCCCUCUCUACCUUCUCUUUUUGCCUCUUUUCACACUUUGAGACACUACAAACGAACCACCAUGGCUCAAUCACCAGCACACGAAGGGACAGAUCCUAUUGGGAAAGGGUCUGUAUCUCAGACCGACGGUCCUAAGCAAUUGAGCGAUGCUCAACAGAGACCAGGAGGGCAAGAAGGUGGAGUCAGUGGAACAGCUGUACAGAACGCAAAGAAUGCCGCUGCUUCGCUCGGCGAACAGGCCCCUGGGACCGACUCGGCUCAAGGACGGAAAGACAUUGAGACAAAGUAGACGUUGCACGACGAAGCACUGGAAUGAAGUGGGGGAAAACGAAAAGGCAUGACGGAGU